GCAGACGGGGCAGGUACCGGUCCCGCGGGUCAAAUUACCAUCCCUACUGCACAAUUAAGCGCGGGACGUACUGCUCGUGAAAGUUGUUCUCUCCCCCCAAACAGACCACUGUCACAGACGAUAAGCCACAGCACCGCAAGGAUCGACUUGGAAAGCACCAACGGUGGCCGCCUUCUCUCUUCUACACUAAAGAGCUGACCUUGUAAAGGUGUGACCAGCACUGCGUUGAAGUACUCAGCUUGUUAGUUGUGUUCUAAUUCACAAAAUGUCAAGUGGGCCUGGGCUUGAAUCUCUUGUAGAUCAAACAAUUUCAGUUAUUACUAAUGAUGGGCGCAAUAUAGUGGGAAUUCUAAAAGGUUUUGACCAGGCUACAAAUAUAAUUCUUGAUGAAUCUCAUGAACGGGUUUAUUCCACUAAGGAAGGUGUCCAGCAACUUGUGUUGGGUCUAUACAUCAUAAGGGGUGACAACAUAAGCAUUGUGGGGGAAUUAGAUGAAGAACUGGACUCAAACCUGGAUUUGUCAAAACUAAGAGCUCAUCCUCUAAAGGCUGUUAUCCAUUGACGAACAACAUGGUAUAAACAGUUUUAUGUUGUUACAAGGGAUCUGUUCAAGUAAAAUGAUUAGUGGAGUAUACAAGACACUGAGAAAUUUAAAAUUGUGUUGAACUGCUUAUAAAUAUGCCUACUUUAAUUCUGGAUGCCUACUUGCAAAUUGAUGCAUUUCCCUAUCUAUUUAAUUUUUUCCUCUA